AAUAGUCGUGCGUUUCCAUUUCGUUGGGAGUAGAAGCCUCUGUAUUGUGUUCACGAACCUCUUUGUUCACGUAAACAAACAGUGAGCUUGAGCUUCCUGGGUAGUGGGUGGCGGACGACGUAAACUGCGUUGAAUGUUUUGAGGUAUAGGAAAUAUGCGGCUAUGAAACUGAAGCGAGAAGAUGUGAUUUUCUGUUGGAAAAGACUGACAAUAGCAUGCCACGAAUAACUGUAAGGACGGAUUUGUUCACUAAGCAAAUAACAGGGUUGACCUCUCAGAUAAACAUGGAUGUUUCUAAGGAAACGGAACUGAGGCAUUUAAUUCGUAGGGAACAGCGUCGAAAUCGGAGGAGACGAAGGAGAAACGAAGUUGGUUCGUGUGUAAUUUGUCAAGAAAAUGUACUAAGGAGUGUUAGCAGUGUUUUAUCUUGUGGACACUACUUUCACACACACUGCAUUUUUGCCUGGAUUAAUGCUAAUACCUCUUGUCCAACAUGCAGAGCACCAGUUGAAUGUUACAAUAUAUGAACAGUGAUGUGGGCUUAAGAUACUGGAGAAGAAUAUUUAUUUCCUUGUUGUGUAUGUACCAGAGACAAAUGUUACCUAUUGUUAGU